GUCCACUCAGUCACCGCCCAGGCCGCGCCGCGAGCGAUACCCCGUUGAACCCGACGCACGAGCACGCGUUACACGAACGCAAAGUACCCCGGAUGAAAGUUAACGUGUCGACCGAGGACCCGCCGACAGACGACGAAUGAACAAUCGGUAGAUGAAAAACCGCGAGUGAAGCUCAGACAGGUGAGGGUCGUUUCUCGCCAGGGUCGAACUUCGACGAUAACCGAGUGACAACGGCCGCCGGAGAAGUUUCGAAAGGUAAACGGCCCGCUGCUCGGUAAAAUUCAUCUCGUCAAUUAAGACGGGGUGUUAAUAUUUGCACGAGUUGACCGUGAAGCUUACGACACUGGUGCACCGCUGAAACACCAACGACUCGGACUUGAUUCGGUGAAACAGAGCCAGGGUGGAGGGCAAACCUCCGCAUCCUGACGACAGCAGCAGUCGCUUCCUCUGGAGGCGUUACGAAGACAGUCAAGAUUCAUCGCUGCGAGAAGAUGUCGGAAAGUCAAGUUUUCAGCAGAGGGCGAUCAUGACAGGAACAUUCCGGAGAUCGGUGAGUACAGAGAGCGCGGGGGAGGAUGAGGAGAGCAUCGCCGGGGGCAUCGGCCUGGCAGGCGACCAAGAGGGCGAAGGAAGGAGAAGUAGCGGAGGGUCGUUUCCGCUGAGAAUGGCGGCUGCGAUGAGGGCGCGUUCCGGUACCGGCGGAUUUCUCCGCGGCCCUCCCGCGUCUAACCCGAACUACGACCCAGAGGCUCCACCGCAACCACCCCUAUUUUUACAGUCUACGAUGCAGACGGCCAAUCUACUCGAGAAACCGGAAAUCGACAAGAAAGUCAAGAGGCACAGCAUACACGGAAUGAUGGAGGAGGAGAACGUAGUUCGACCUCAUCAAGAAAUGGCAAGUCUCACUCUGGACGAAAAAAAAUAUCUACUGGCAGUUGAACGUGGUGACAUUGCUUCCGUAAGACGAAUGCUUCAACGUGCCCAAGAAACCGACUACACGAACAUCAACUGCGUGGAUCCUCUGGGAAGGUCUGCUCUUUUAAUGGCAAUCGACAACGAGAACCUGGAAAUGGUAGAGCUACUAAUAGAGCAUCGGGUAGAUACCAAAGAUGCCUUGCUCCACGCCAUCUCAGAAGAAUUUGUGGAGGCUGUCGAGGUUCUUCUAGAGCACGAGGAGAGCUUCCACAGGAGUGGAGAUCCUCACGUAAGCAGCUCUGUGUCGUCGGCUUGCCGCCUGCCAAGUUGGGAGGCACUUCCUCCCGAUACGGCCACCUUCACCCCAGACAUCACUCCGUUGAUUCUUUCCGCGCACAGAGACAAUUACGAAAUCAUUAAGAUCCUGUUAGACAGAGGCGCCACGUUACCGAUGCCGCAUGACGUUCGCUGUGGGUGUGACGAAUGCGUAACAUCACGAAUGGAAGAUUCUCUGAGGCACUCACGGAGCAGAAUUAACGCUUACCGGGCUUUGGCAUCGCCGUCUUUGAUAGCACUUUCUUCCAAGGACCCCAUACUUACUGCGUUCGAACUUUCGUGGGAGCUUCGGCGGCUGUCUUUCCUCGAGCACGAAUUCAAGCUUGAAUACCAGGAACUGAGACGACAGUGCCAGGACUUCGCAACAGCUUUGCUGGAUCACACGAGGAGUUCUUACGAACUUGAAGUGCUCUUGAACCAUGACCCCACGGGACCAGCCUUUGAGCACGGGGAAAGGAUGCACUUGAACCGUCUGAAAUUGGCAAUAAAGUUGCGUCAAAAAAAGUUCGUUGCACAUCCUAACGUGCAGCAGCUGCUUGCAUCCAUUUGGUACGAGGGACUGCCUGGUUUCCGUCGGAAAAAUAUUUUGCUUCAAGCCUUGGAGACUAUGCGGAUUGGAAUUCUCUUCCCAUUUCUCAGCGUGGCUUACAUCAUAGCACCUCACAGUGUCGUCGGUCAGACUAUGAGAAAACCCUUCAUCAAGUUCAUCUGUCAUUCCGCCUCAUACUUCACGUUUCUGUUCAUGUUGAUUCUUGCCAGUCAAAGAAUAGAGAAUCUACUUGGAAUUGGAGAUUCUUCAGAGCUAGAGAAAAGAGGAGAAAUGCCCUCACCCGUCGAAGCAUUCAUCAUAGCGUGGGUUUCCGGACUGAUAUGGUCAGAGGUGAAACAGUUGUGGGACGUCGGUUUGGAGGAGUAUGUUCAUGACAUGUGGAACGUGAUAGACUUUGUAACGAACUCCUUAUACGUGGCUACUCUCGCGUUAAGGAUUGUGGCCUACUACCGAGUGCAGGAAGAAAAGCAAAAACUCACUGACAGUGAGCGUCUCCGUCGGGAAGAAUGGGAUGCGUGGGAUCCUAUGUUGAUUUCCGAAGGACUCUUUUCGGCUGCUAAUAUUUUCAGCUCGCUGAAGCUUGUUUACAUCUUCUCUGUAAACCCUCAUCUGGGACCUUUACAAGUAUCGCUAUCCAGGAUGGUGAUGGACAUCAUGAAGUUCUUUUUCCUCUACGUUUUGGUUCUUUUCGCGUUUUCAUGUGGCCUCAACCAACUCUUGUGGUACUACGCUGACAUGGAGAAGAAACGUUGUCCAUCCAAUAGCUCUGACAUCUCGAGUACCAACAGUACAGCAAAUUCCAAUAAUAAUUCUUGCGUUUUGUGGAGAAGAUUCGCUAAUCUAUUCGAGACAACGCAGACCUUGUUCUGGGCGGUGUUUGGGCUCGUUGAACUCGAGAGUUUUGAGUUGGACGGAAUCAAGGUGUUCACAAGGUUCUGGGGAAUGCUCAUGUUUGGCACCUACUCGGUCAUCAACAUCGUAGUUCUUCUGAAUCUUCUCGUUGCCAUGAUGAAUCACUCCUAUCAGCUGAUAUCCGACCGUGCUGACACUGAGUGGAAAUUUGCUCGUAGUAAGCUGUGGAUUAGUUACUUUGAAGAAGGUGGUACAGUACCUCCUCCAUUCAACAUCAUUCCAGCACCGAAGAGUGCCUGGUACAUCGGUCAGUGGAUUUAUCGGAAGUUGUGUGGUCACAGACGUGCCGCGAAGAAAGAGCACAUGCGGACGAUCAGGCGAAAGGUGAAACAGGCAUCAGAAAGAGACUUCAGGUAUCAAACGAUCAUGCGUAAUCUUGUAAGGCGGUACGUUACGGUUGAACAACGCAAGGCAGAAGGCGAAGGUGUCACUGAGGACGACGUGAACGAGAUCAAGCAAGAUAUUAGUGCCUUCCGAUGCGAGCUUAUCGAGAUCUUGAAAAAUUCUGGCAUGAACACGUCAACAGCGACCGGCGCUGGAGGCGGUGGUAGCUUUAAAGCACUGUCUUUAGGUGCUGGUGGAAAGAAGAACCGACAAAAAGAACGGAGACUGAUGAAAGGGUUCAACAUCGCCCCUCAACCAGGAGGAAGUGGGACCUUACCACCUGUGGCAGAAUUCAUAGCCUCCCUUCAGCAAGCACACCACGAACACGCUCACCAUGACCUCUUUGGUAGCACCCUCAGUGGGAUUUUCGGUCCUGGAGCGACACCAAAGAAACAUCCUCAUCACACAAGUACUAACAGUGUCCCAGGUCUUACGACAGGUCCAAGACCUCCAAGGGGCACUAGAGAAAGUUCUAGAAAAAGGAGGUGGGGCACCUUAAUUGAAGCUGCAAAAGUGGGACGCGUGUCGAAAUUGAUUGCAGGUCGAUCUCGGUCGGAGGAUUCAGUUUAUUCACCAGCAUCGGAUGAUGGCUCCCGAUCUGAUGGUUCAUCGGACUCCAAGUCAUCUCUAGACGUCACGACGCCAGAUUCGCAUGCUCAUCAGCAUGUCCAUUCCCAUCAUCAUCAUCCUCACGAUGUCCACCAUAUGUUUUCCCACGGUUUGGGACCAGCUCUAGCAGCACUGCGAAAAAAGCGGAAGAAAUUUUCAGCAUCUCGUGCUUCAACGCCAGCAAUGGCGAGCCAUACCAAUCCGGUAGAAAGUGUUAUGCAUCCGAUAACCUCCGCCCUAGCAUUAAAGGUCACCAGGAAGCAGUUGCAGAGAGCAAGCAGCGUUCCAACGAGAGGACCCGAGACUGUAAUACCUCCGAUCACACCUCGAUGUCACGAGGUUACCCAGAGUCAGCAGCCAAGUUUAGACGCAGUUGAGAUGAUCGCUAGCCACGAAGCACAGGGAGUUAUUGUUGCCGCCGGGCCAUUGACGCCAUCAACGACGGAGGAAAGUGUCAUCGCAACUGCAACUGGAACCGGAACUGGAACUCCAGUUUCAUUGACAUCGGUAAAGAGAAAUGGUUCCGCCACCCAAUUGCAACGAUUGCCAGGCAUUGAGCCCAUCUCUGGCCACGAUGUGUCUGCGGGAUGGCUGUGAAACUCCGCAUCAGCUGACGUAGUAUGAUCUGGUUGAGAAGAGUCUCUGCCACCCUACCAACUACUCAGCUGUAAUAUCUAGCAGAGAUUUCGAGUGUUCACUGCGGCGCGGCGGCUGUGAAAAGUCCUCAUCAUGCCCAUGCACAACGAUGCCUUAAUGCCAACGCGCUUCGAGGUCGCGUUGACUUGAACUUUUCUAGCCCGUGCUUUUAUCUCGGAUUCUCAACGUUCCUCCUUAUUCGGUGUUCAGUCGUAUUUUUCUGUUUGAUUUUUCACAUUAGAGUUCGUGCGGUUAUCGAUCACUGAAACUACACAGUCUAAGAAUAUUUGUAACCACUAAGAUCCACCAUUGCGCAAAUGAUUCGCAGAAUUUUACAAUAUUCCAAUAAGGAACGACAGAGAAACGAAGAUACCUCACUUAAAAUUUAAACAUACGAAAUGUCUUCGAGUGCCCCGAAUCUCCUAAGUUUGGCCUUAUUCACUUUGACCACGACAUAUUUCUGAAAACUCUCUUAUCUGUACACACUGCAAGGCUCACGAUAAAUACAUCUAUUUUUCGUCUCCCAACCUAAGUUGAAGCGAUGUUGUAAAGCUUUCGCAUGCUCUGCCAUGUAGUAUGUCACUUGUCAACAAUUAAACCGAUACCUUCUGGCUUUUCACUGUCGGAACUGUAAAUUAUAUUGCUGUGGCGUUGUUUCUUUAAUUUUGAUAGUAGCCACUGCACAGAUCAUAUCUCAAGUAGCACUGUCGACUCACAUUUGAUUUAUUGCCGGCGAUAAAUGAAGUCAAUCUAUCGCAGAUUUCAAAAGAGGGCGUAUUUGAAGCGAAUAGUUGACUACAUGUGAAUAAUUUGUUCGCAAAUGUUCACUAAAUUGUAAUUCGGCAGUCAACGGUGUACAAAUCGUCUAUAAAUUGACUUGUCAUUAAAAUAUAAUCAAGCGAAAUUAUGAAAUUUCGAGAAUGACCAGAUUUUUUAAAUCCUAUUGCAUUCGCAAUGGUGGCUACUAUUCGAUAUCCAAUUUUUGUUUUGACACUGUCCUUGAUCUUAAAGAUUUUUAGGACUUUCGUCGACAGACAAUUGGCCCUGCUUAGAUUUUUGAAUCAUUAACAGUCACUAUCACAUCUUAGGCGAACAGUCGCCACCUUGUCGACUUCCUGCCGACUUCAAGUCAAAUUUUUCAUCUAUUGCCAUUACGUCGUCUUUGAUUGGCCCAAUGAUAGUCGAAAUUUUGACAAGUGUGCUACUUGGGAUGUAACGUCAGAAUAUUUUUUAGCGCACGUCGGAACUUCCAAUCGAUGAAGAUAUUUUCUUGUUAGUGGAGCGGUUGUAUCGUGUGAAAUAUUGAAUACGGUGAUGAGAUUCUGGGAAUAAGAUCAAUGCAUUUCUUCGAAACGAAGCGUAAAGUUUCGGCCCGAAAUGAGAGCGCCUCUUAGACACAUAAUUUAUUAAAGAAGUUCAGAGAGAGAGAGAGAGAGAAAAAACUAACCUAGGGAAUAAAAAAAAGGUAUCGCCUUCAAAAAACGGAGGCAAUGCUACUUGUUUUAAAGCUAAAUUAACCUCUAAUCUGUAUGGCCUCGGAGCUUGAUCCUUGGUCCUUUGGUUUUUAUUUCCGUUUUUUUUUUUUCUAUCUAGACUUUUUUGACAAACUGUACGUCCGAGGAGGACCCUUAUUUCGAACCAAAACGUUGCACUACGCCUUGAAAAAAUGCAUUGUCCUUAUUUCAAAAGCAUCUUGACCUCUCUACUGAUGAUAAAGAUCUUUUCGAUUCGAUAAUGGAUUUACCUUGACCCACACCCAUUUUAAAUAUUUUUAACGAUAAUCAUAGUGAUGUAUGGAACAGUUGAAUGUUUCACGUAAAGCAUGUUGAACGAUCAGACCAUUAGUUUAAAUUUAUUUUACAACAAUUCGGCUCCAGCUGCAGUUGAAUUUUUUCGAGAAGUGUCGAACCAUGUCUCGUACUUUCAUGAUUUGUUUACUUGGUAUCUAUCCUACACAAGAUUGCUCCUGAACUUUCAGACGUAUAAUAUACUGCCAAAAUGAGUUUCGCGGGCCAGAAUCAUCAACUAGUCUUGUCAGCCAGUCAUUUAAAUAUAAGCAUUUGUUAAUACAAUAUUAUAAUUAUUAUUAUUAUUAUUAGUGUCCCUAUCUUCGUGUACAAUACUAUUAUCACCAUUACGAUUACGAUUGUUAAACAGUUGCCGCAAAUGGAACCACGCAUGGAUUAGAAAUAAGAUUAUUUUUGAUCUUUGUGAUCCAUUUACGACAAAUCUCAACGAAAAAAUUUUGAAACAGAAGUUGAGGAUAUUGACUGUUUUUCCGAAUUUUCUAUUCUCCAAUACAGAACCGUUUUCGCCCAUAGUUAGUACGUAGUUUAUUCUUAAUUAUUUAUCUUAAAAAUAAAAUUAGUAAAAGAAUUAUGUGUAGUAAAACACGGUACACGGUAUUGGUACACGUUGAAAGAAAUUGCCACGACCAAACUUCACUUACGAUUAGUAUAGAUAAAAUCAUAGUUUAGGAAAAAUAUGAAAACGACUUGCUAUAGCGCCGAAGUCAGAAAACCACCAAGUCUGGUGCCGAAAAAUCACAAAACAGAGUUUUGAACUCUUACCCGGCAAACGUGACAGUCUAAUUGUGAGCUUAAGUACACUUGUCGUCAUAGCACAACUAUGUAUAGUUAUUCAUAUGAAACUAAUAAUUUUAAGUCUUAGAGAUUACGAGUCGUCUCCUCGUGAGGUUGGAAAAUGAAGGAAACUAUUAUUAUACUUCAUCAGAUUUGAAUCUUUCAAUCGCUCUAAUUAAACUAAGGAAUACCAAUGGUGCAGUGAAGCAAGUUAAUUAGACCCAACAAAGUCAACCUACUUCCCCUCCCGUCCAUGCGUGAGAUUGGAAAUCUGUUUCCUCGUUUCAAAGGUGUGCAAUGAAAGCUAAGGA